CUCCGUCACUUGAAGACAAGAUUCCCGCUUUCUCUCUCUCUCGAUCGACAGUUACUGCACAGUCAGUUCAGAGGCCGAUCGAGUUCGCCGGAAAAAACAACCACGCCUCCGCCGGGAAAACUCUCCGAUGGCCGAGAAGAGCAGGGUCCUGGUCAUCGGAGGCACUGGGUCCAUCGGAAAGUUCAUCGUGGAGGCGAGCGCUAAGUCCGGUCGCCCUACCUUCGCUCUCGUGAGGGAGUCCACCCUCUCCGACCCCGCCAAGGCCGACAUCGUCGAGGGUUUCAAGAGCUUAGGCGUGAAUUUAGUCCGGGGAGACAUAUACGAUCAAGAGAGUUUGCUGAAUGCAAUUAAGCAGGUUGAUGUGGUAAUCUCUGCUGUGGGGCAAGCACAAACGGAGGACCAAGACCGGAUUGUUGCUGCCAUCAAAGCAGCCGGGAAUAUCAAGAGAUUCUUGCCUUCAGAGUUUGGAAAUGAUGUGGAUCGUGUCCAUGCUGUGGAGCCAGUAAAAACUGGAUUUGCUCUCAAGGCCAAGAUCCGCCGCCUCGUUGAGGCCGAGGGAAUCCCUUAUACCUAUGUGUCUUCUAACUCUUUUGCAGGUUACUACCUUCAAACAUUGUCACAGCCCGGGGCUACAGCUCCCCCUAGAGAUAACGUUGUUAUCUUAGGGGAUGGAAAUGCCAAAGUGGUGUUUAACAAGGAGGAUGACAUCGGCACCUAUACCAUCAAAGCUGUGGAUGAUCCAAGGACCUUGAACAAAAUUCUGUACAUCAGGCCUCCUGCCAACACCUACUCAAUGAAUGAGCUCGUGUCUUUGUGGGAGAGAAAGAUCGGCAAGGCUCUGGAGAGGGUGUAUGUUCCAGAGGAGCAAAUUCUGAAGAACAUUCAAGAGGCGGUAUUCCCGCUCAAUGUGAUAUUGGCCAUCUGCCAUUCUAAUUUCGUGAAAGGAGACCAGACCAACUUCAGGAUUGAGCCAUCCUUCGGAGUGGAAGCUUCGGAGCUCUACCCAGACGUCAACUACACGACUGUGGAUCAAUACCUUGAUAAGAUUGUCUGAUUAUCAAAACCGACUGUGCUUGGUACUUUCUCACAUCAGCUUGAUUCAUGAAUUAUAUAGGAUUCUGUUUGUCAGGAUCCUUGCGUGAAACGUCGUUCCAGAUCAUCUCACGCCAUGUACAACCUCCAAAUAUGGGGACAUACUACGAAUAUUGAAUGUGUGCAUCUAUGCUGUGCUUGUAGAAGUUACUUCUGGAUUUGAGUUGAUAUUGGUUUAUGGGCCAACCUAAAAGAAAGACACGGUUUCUCUAUUUCUGUGUAUUAUAUGUGUUGGGUUGGGGAAACAUUUUGGUGGUAGUAAAAUGAGAAUUUGUAAUAGAUGACUUA